AUGUACGUGGGCUAUGUGCUGGACAAGGACUCCCCCGUGUACCCAGGCCCCGCCAGGCCCUCCAGCCUCGGCCUGGGCCCUCCGACCUACGCGCCCCCCGGCCCGGCGCCCGCACCCCCGCAGUACCCCGACUUCGCGGGUUACACGCACGUGGAGCCCGCCCCGGCGCCCGCGCCCCCUCCGACCUGGCCCGCGCCCUUCCCUGCGCCCAAGGACGACUGGGCAGCUGCCUAUGGCCCGGGCCCCGCGGCCCCCGCCGCCAGCCCGGCCCCGCUGGCCUUCGGGCCCCCUCCGGACUUUAGCCCGGUGCCCGCGCCUCCCGGGCCCGGGCCCGGCCUCCUGGCGCAGUCCCUCGGCCCGCCGGGCGCACCGUCCUCGCCAGGAGCACAGAGGCGGACACCCUACGAAUGGAUGCGGCGCAGCGUGGCGACCGCAGGCGGCGGUGGCAGCGGUAAGACUCGGACCAAGGACAAGUACCGUGUGGUCUACACAGACCACCAGCGCCUGGAGCUGGAAAAGGAGUUUCACUACAGCCGCUACAUCACCAUCCGGCGCAAGUCAGAGUUGGCUGUUAACUUGGGGCUCACAGAGCGGCAGGUAAAAAUCUGGUUCCAGAACCGUCGGGCCAAGGAGCGCAAAGUCAACAAGAAGAAGCAGCAGCAGCAGCAGCAGCAGCAGCAGCAGCCGCAGCCGCCGAUGCCUCCCUCACAGCUGCCCCUGCCCUUGGAUGACAACCCCACACCAUCAGGGCCACCCCUGGGUAGUCUGUGCUCCACCAGUGCAGGCCUUCUGGGUACCCCCUCCCCAGUGCCCGUCAAAGAGGAGUUUCUAUCCUAGACCCUUCCAGCCUGGG